AAGAACUGCAAUGGAUACCAAAAUAGAAAUUUCAGGUGGCUUACCAAAUGGGGUAAGGUUCCUGUAUAAUGGCUUAGAAAUAUUGCGGCAGUUGGCAUCACAUACCCAUACAAUGAACACGAACUUAUAGUAAUGAAUUUUUCACCAAUGGGUCCACUUUUCACACAAUUGUGAUUGGUGAUUAAUUUUGUUUUUAAUUUUAAUAAUUCUUCUUUUGCUUUAGUUGGUUUCUAUAUUUAAUAUACAAUUGUAGUAAACUAAUAAAACAAUAAUACGAUGGUCGACUAUAAAACUUGGUUAAAGGAAAUUUCUGACAAUACUAGAUUGUCUAAAUUAUCAAUUCCUGGUACUCACAAUGCUGCUGCUUCACAUACUGCCUUACCAUCAGUUCAAUGUCAAGGUGCUUCAAUUACUGAUCAAUUGGAACAUGGAGUCAGAUUUUUAGACAUUAGAGCCGGUAGACAAUUACUUGGAGAUAAAAAGAAUGCUCCAUUACAAGUCAUUCAUGGAAAAUUCCCUGUUAGAAUUCCAUUCCCAUUGCAAUUAUCCGAUGCGUUAGACGAAGUUUAUAAAUUCGUUGAAAAGAAUCCAUCUGAGACUGUUAUUGUAUCUUUGAAACAAGAGGGUUCUAAUGAUUGGGAUAAUCCUAAUGAUGAAUUCCCAAAUUUCAUUUGGGAUCAUUAUAUUAAUCCAAAUAAGGACAAAUGGUAUUUAGGUACUGAUAUUCCUACUGUUGGUGAAGCCAGAGGUAAAGUUGCACUUUUCAGAAGAUUUGGAGUUAAUAACCAAGAUAGAAGAAAUCAAUUUGGAUUUGAAGCCUCUGUUUGGCAGUAUAAUACCACUGAUGAUGAUCGUGGAUCCUUUGUUGUACAAGAUUUCUGUGAAGUUAAUAAAGAAGGUGAUAUUCCAACUAAAAUUAAUUAUGUUAAAGAUUUAGCUAAGAAGGCUACUGAAUAUACUCGAGGUAAUGACAAUAAAUUAUUUGUCAAUUUCACUUCUGCUUCUAACUUCUUUGAUCAUGACUGUUGGCCACAAAAGAUUUCAGAAGCUAUGAUUAAAGGUAACAUUGAAGAAACCUUCCAAAAGGGUGUUGGUAUUAUCGUUUUGGAUUAUGUUGAGGCUGAUGAUUUUAAAUUAGCUAAGAAAUUAGUUGAUACUAACUUUUAAUGUCAGUAAAUAUCUUGAUUUGAUUUUAUAUUUAGUUUCAUUAUGCAAUACAUGUUGACUCUGUUUAUUACUUAUGC